AUGGCACCAAAAGUGAAGGAAAACGUGAAGACUUUGAAAGCAAAAGGCAGUGCCGGACGCAGUUCGCAGCCAUCAAAAGACCUGCCCGCCACCCUCCUUCCGGAGACAAAGAUGCUACAGCUCCGGAAGCCGUCCAAACACCCUGGGGGAGGUGCCCGGGAGACACGAGCUGGACCACUGUGCCGCCACCAAGUUCCCCUGACCGCUGAGCCGGCCGAAGAGACAGAGGACAACACCACACGUACCUUCAUUGUAGAUGUCAAGGCCAGCGAGCACCGGAUCAAACAGGCUGUGCAGAGACUCUGA